GUUUAUUUCAGCCCACCAUCCGUCUAUCCAUCUAUCCAUCUAUCCGUCUGUCCGUCUGUCACGUUAACGUCCGCUCCAGGUGUGGCGAUGACAACCCGGAAGUGUGUUGUCAACAGAGCAGGCAGCUGAAGCCAACAGUCCUCAGUCAGACACGAUGUCCAACAACGAUGAAGUCCGAUACUGUCACAGCUUCUCCUACUGUCUCCUCAAAUUCAUCCUGUUCGCCUACUCCAUCAUCUUUUGGUUGAUAGGCGGCUUCAUCCUGGCCAUUGGUAUUUAUGCAGAGGUGGAGAGGCAGCGCUACAAGACGCUGGAUGGAGUGUUUCUGGCCCCUGCUGUAAUCCUGAUCCUCCUGGGAAUUGUCAUGUUUAUUGUUUCAUUUAUUGGAGUCUUGGCUUCACUAAGGGACAAUUUAACCUUACUGAAAGUGUUCAUGUACACCCUGGCUGUGUGUCUGAUCCUGGAGCUGCUGGGAGGAAUAUUGGCGCUAGUGUUCCGCAACCAGACAGUGGGGUUACUAAACAAGAACAUCCGAAAGGGCAUAGUGAACUACUAUGAUGACUUGGACUUCAAAAACAUCAUGGACUUUGUACAGAGGAAGUUUAAGUGUUGUGGAGGUCAAGAGUAUAAGGACUGGUCGGUCAACAUGUACCACAACUGCUCUGCACCUGGUCCAUUGGCCUGUGGUGUCCCUUAUACCUGCUGCGUCACUACCAAGCCCAAUGAAGUGGCCAACACGAUGUGUGGCUACAAUGUGUUGGGAAAAGAGCGUUUGGACUUGAUCGACAUCAUCCAUAUCAGAGGCUGCACUAAUGCUUUCUUUAUCUGGCUGAUGGACAACUAUAAGACUAUGGCAGGACUGCUAUUAGGGAUCCUGCUGCCUCAGUUCUUUGGUGUGAUAGUCAGCUGGCUGUACAUCACUCGUGUUGAAGACGCCAUCAGUGAGUAUGGUAACUACAUGGACGGACUACUGAACUCAGACACACUGGAAAGAGAAGCCAAGAGCCAGGGCCGUGUGUCCAAAUGGUUCAUGUGUAUGCCGGAGAUCGACUGAUGAAACAAAAGCCAAAAAGCAGCAAAUGGACUCCACUCACAGUUGGUUAAAUCACUCCAGUCGUUCCAGAUACUGGUGACAGCCACUGUGGGAGCCUGCGUUACUAUACGCUCACUUCACUAUGGAGACAUUUCUUUUUUGUUUUUGGGAAGAAGGAAUUGUUCAGCAUUAUUAAGAGUUUGAUAUUUAAGUGUUAACAUACAGUGUGCUAAUGCAUGAUUUAUAUAUACAUUAUGUGUUUAGCUGUAUCGUGCCUCAGACGGUCUCAGGGAUGAACACAGAAAUUGGUACAACCACUAUAACAUAAAAUUAGUCAUGUCACACAAUCUAAAGUACUUUUAUAUGUGUUCAUUGUUUGUGUUCCAAUUAAAACAUUAACUGACUCCUCCUACAACUACUGAUGAAACAGAUCCUAUCAUUCAAUCACUUCAACAACAAAAAAAAGGAUGCAGUUUGCCUUAUUUCUAUAUAGAGCUGGAAAUACUUAGAGGUUUGAGACUAAAUAAUUAUUAUUUUGAAAUAGCCCAUAGAGGAUGAGUAUUUAUGCACCCUGCACAUUCUGUUAAGACCACAAGUGUUCACUGAUCUUUCAUGAUGUGUCUAGCACAAGAAAAGUUGUCUAUAAUGCUCAGAUUUAUUACAUACAUUUUCUUCAUUAAAGUCUUAAGUUUGACUGCUCGGUUGAACUUAGGUCUACUGUUUUUUUUGUUUUUUUUUAUCAAAUGCAUUUCCUGUUCGCCCCACAGUGUCAUGUUACAGACCAAAAUGAUGUUUUUACAUUGAUUUAAAAGAUGAUAUCUCAGGGUUUUUUAGUAUAGCAACCCUGUCUCCUAGAAAUUACUAAUUACUCAUUUACAAAUCUGUCUCUGAGACACCUAAGGUUUUUAAUCAAUAUGACAAAAUGUUUUUGAGGAACAAAUCUGCUAAAUUCAUACAGAACAUAACGUGACUUUGAGCACAAGGUAUCGCAUGUUUACUUUAUGAACAUUUAACCAAAACCACAGAUGUUUCCCUAAACUGCCAAAACCUAACCACACACAGGACUCAGGAGUCUUGUGCUUUGUACACCCUCUCUCAGACCACCUCCCUGCAACUUUUCUUACAACACUUGAAAACAUUCUAGGAGACAGAGUUGCAUAUAGACAUGUUAAAAAAGGCAAGAGAAGAUGUACUGUUGAUAAAAUCGCCUUAAACCCCCCACAUUAAACUGCAGUGUUGUUUUACAAACAUGUACUUCUCAUGACCUAAGUGAAUAAUGUGAAUUUAAUGUGCUACUGAACUUUGUUUGGUUUGAUGUGAAGUUGGAAACUGAGACCAAAUACCUAAUCUUUGUAGUAGAAUUAAAAUCUCCCUUUGUAACUUUGUCACACUACAUUCUUAAUAAUAUGUAUGUAUAUAUACUGUCCUACUUUUGUACUGCUAAAACAUGUUUGCAGUGCCUCUAUUUAAUAGGAUACAAGGCCAAGCAGGUCUCAUGAAGGUUUACAUGGUAACCUUGUUUGCGCUGGAGGAUCAAAUAGAGAUUGCCAGGACUUUAUUCUCAUUAGCAUGGUCACAUAUUAGGUUCAAAUUAAUAAUAAUCCCUGUUAAAUUAUUUCUUCUCACGUUCAGCCUGCUGCAGAAAAAGAUUAUAUUUGAUUCUAGCAUUUUAAUGUGUUGGGCUGUCCCUCACCAAGUGUUGUUUUAUGUUUCAGCUCAGUCUUUCAGAAUGUAACUUGUGAAGCAUUUGGCUGGUGGAUUGAAGGUAAACGUUAUCUGAUUAUCCUAA